CGUCAGUACGAAACGACACCUCUGACAGAGGAACUCGGCUCUCGGUCUCCUCCAGGCUGCGACAUGCACCUCUUGCUGCACUUUGUCUAGCUUUACGCGCGAGAUAAUAUCGAAAAAAAAACUAUCGGGCAAUAAGAACCCCUGUGCAGCUAUUCCGUAAUAUUCCCGCACAUUUGCAAUUGCAAUAUUGAUAAACACCGUUUUGCUCAUUGAUCGGAACCGCUGGUGAAUCAAUCAGCUGGUGAAUUAAUCGGAGAUAUAAAUUAGCUUAUAAGCAUACCUGCAAUAAAAACAUUGUUCUUUUUGAGAUAAUUGUGUAAUUAAAGUGCGGUCAAUUGAGAUGAAUCUUAUAUCACCAAGAUGUGAUAACAAUUUGCUCUGUAAAUUCGUAAACGAAAGUCGUAUUUUGUGAUGUGAGAAUUGAUUUUGGCCACCGUGUUCGGUUUUAGUGUACUCAUUCUAUGCCAACAGUUGCAUAUACAAUUUGAACUCGAUGCAACAGAAAGUUUUAAUCGACAGAGAAAUCAACUGACAUCGUAACGUGCAAGUGAAAAAUGACGUAAAGCUCAGCCGAACGCAGGCGGAGAGUGUCCCAUCCACCGGAAAUUGCAGCGGAGAUGCGUCAAUAGUGAGACCGAUAAAAGGAGAAAGAGAGCGAGCGAAAAUCCCUCAAGAUGCAUCUACUCAUCUUUCCCUUUUUGCUGCUAUCUUUAACGGGUGGCGUGAGAUUUGGCAGCGGUCAUCUGAUAGACGGAAUUUUCACGGAACCGACUUUGGAACCGGGCUACAAUUUGGUGGCGGUGGUCCCCCGUGGCGCCUUGGCAUUGAACGUGACCGAACUCCGUCACACGCAGAACUAUCUUGCGAUUAGAUUGCAAGAUGGCAGUUACCUGUUGAAUGGAAAUUAUACUAUCAACUGGUCCGGUGAGUACAAGGCGGCCGGAACAACAUUUAUCUACCUGCGUCAGGGUUCUCAGAAUUUAGAGAGUUUUUCCGCAGCCGGUCCAUUACAGGAACCUAUAGAUGUCAUGGUUCUAUAUCAAGAACCAAACCCUGGUAUUGUUUAUCGAUAUGUGAUUCCUGGAAAUACGAAUUUACCGAGAAGCAGUCAUCUCGCGCAUAAUGCAGUUUCAAAUAAAGGCAUUGAGCCUGGUUUACAAAAUAGAAGAGCCGACAAUGGACCUGCAGCCAGUAACGUAACAUCUUCACCAUAUCUAUGGCGUAACAAAAGAAGAAAAUUUGCUUGGAAGGCGAUUGGUUACAGCGAGUGUAGCAAAUCAUGCGGCGGAGGUGCUCAGACACUUAGACACAUAUGUAUCAAAGAACGUACGCAGCAACAAGUGCCAGAGAAGAGAUGUCACGCGUUAGAAAAGCCACGGGAAAUUCGUCUCAGGUGUAAUACUAGGCCAUGUCCGCCCAGAUGGCGCGGCGGACCAUGGAGUGACUGUUCCACUUCCUGCGGUACCGGAGUUCUAACGAUGAGGAUCGCCGAUGGAGCUUGCACGGAAUCGAGAGAUUUGCCCACAAACGAGGUGUGCGAGAUGCCAGCAUGCGAGGAGAUCAAGCAAACGUCAACGCAAAUAUCCUCUCAAUCAUCGUCACCGCGAUGGAUUGUAGGCGUUUGGUCACAGUGUUCCACGUCCUGUGGCGUAGGAAAAAGAACGAGACUCGUAACUUGCGUUACUGAUGAUGCUCCGUGCGAUCUUUCGGAGAAGCCUGAAGCACAUGAGACCUGUGAUUUGGGGCCAUGUUUAGCGAAAUCAAUGCCAUUGAGCAUCAUCUCCAUGAACCUUCAGAGUCCGCAAUGGUUAUUUACUGAAUGGUCUGAUCAGUGCUCGGCGGAAUGUGGAACAGGAGUUCAAACUAGGAGGGUUUUCUGCGAGAUAAGCUCUGACCAAGAGUACUGUGAUGAAUCUAACCGACCUGAAAUCUCCAGAGAUUGCGCGAGUAACAGAACUUGCAGCGGUCAAUGGUUUACAGGGCCGUGGACGAAGUGUUCCUCAAGCUGCGACUUGGGUGAGCAAGUUAGAGAUGUGGUAUGCGUUACGAGCCUUCGAGGUUCUCUACGUGUCGUUCUAGACAUGAAUUGUCCUGCGAACAAGCCGGAAACUAGAAAACCUUGCAACGAACAUCCUUGCGUAUCGUCUUGGUUUAUAUCAGACUGGACGGAGUGUUCAAGAUCCUGCGGUAAAGGCAUUCAGAAACGGGAAGUCCGAUGCUUAAAUCCGGACGGCCAAUUACCAGAACCUCAUCAGAUUCACUGCCGAGAAGACGAUCGACCGAUAUCUCGAAGGACAUGCAACGAUUAUCCCUGUAAAGACGAUCUACGCGCGUCUGAAAAUCCUCACAGGGUUUUGCAAGUUCAGGACGAUCCUGAAAUAACGAAUGGUGUCGAGAGCAAUCCACUUUGCAAGGAUAAAAUAGCUAACUGCAAUUUAGUCACGCAAGCUCGGCUCUGCUCUUACCAAUUUUAUCAAGAGUCUUGCUGUCUGUCGUGUUCUCGAACCAAGCAAGAUUUGGAGUAGAAACUUAUCGACAAUCAUGUUUACGAUGACGCUUUAACGCAAAAAUCUGCCUUAGUAGUAUUCCCUGUUGAUACACCGUCAAUUAAAACUCGAUUUUCAACGUCUAUCGGUGCAGAUAACUUUUCAUUAAUAAAUUAAUAAAUAUAUCUGUAUAGCAAAAUUUUUGUACGUUCUAUUUGUAGGAGUGUAGAUGUGCAUGUUAUGGGCGCAGAAUAUAAUUUAAUACGAAGCCCACGAUUCCGUAGAUAAAUUUCAAUAAGAUAUUCGAUAGAAAAACAUGAGAGAGAGACUGAUCGCGUGUAAUUGCUAAUUCGUUCAACAGUGAUACAACAUAAUUUAAGUCCACAUAAUCGUAAAUGUAUAUCGAGCAUUAAUAAAAGUUGCGCUUUUUCAAUC